CGUAUCUGAUAAGCGCCCCGGACAUAUGUUGGCAAGGUCGAGGUUGUUUUUUUUUUCGCGCAUUCCUUCUUGACGAGGCGUGUUUUCGUGGAAAAAUGCAGUUCGCCGUCCGUCUGUGAAAUGUGGAAAACUCGCACGGACCGUUUCGUCUGUCAAUGUCGUCGAGUUUUUCCGAUUGGUCCGAUUAUAAAAGUGACGUUUGUGCGAUCCCUGCACCGAAGUGUUUCGAUUGAUGUCGCAAUCGGUCGGGUCGGAUAAGUGCGCGUAUAAUAUAUUAUUUUAUUCUAAAAAAUUUUCUCUUUUUUUUUUUUUUUUGUAUAAUUCAUAUCAAAUCUGUUGACGACGUCUUCUCGACUAUAUUAUAAUAAUAUGUACAUGACAACAAUUGCAAAAAGUAUGUAACGCGAACUUUCCUUUUUUGUUGUUUAUCAAAACGAUAUUUGUUGUUUUGUUUUUUUUUUCACUCAUUAAUAAUAAUAAUAAUAAUACUGUUGUUUGUAAAUCGCGUCUGUGUGUGUAGGCUACGCGCACAUAGCCUUUUUCGCGUUCGCCAGGAUCGUGUAUCGUAGAUUCGGUAUUUAGUACGUACCGUUAUGGAUGACGGUAACGCCGAUCAAAAGCUCAACGACACACAGUCCGACAUCAAGCAAAAGUGUGCGGAAAACGCCAACUCCCUGCCACCGUCCGGCGACAACUGCGUUCCUACCAAGAAGACAUCGUUCGAAAUAACUAGCAUCACUGAACCAAAUAACAUUGACGAUAAUGACGACGAUUCGCCAGAUACCGAACCUCAAAUUCACGACAACAGGACGGAUAUCAGGCAUGAUGUAGAAUUGCAAAACUACACCGACAACAUGGUCGUGUACAAUACUGGCAACGAUAUGGGCAGUUCAGCGCCGGUUAUUCCAACCAGCUCUCAAUAUGGCCUAGCUAUUGUCGAUAAUUCGGAUAGCGUGCAUUCGCUUGGCUCUGUCAAAAGCGACGAAUUACACGGUAUAGACUCGGGUUCGCAAAAGAGCGACUGUGAUAUCAACGGAUUGCAAAAUAAAAAUAGAAACGAGCGGUUCAAAGUCGUGAAGAUCGAAAGUACGGAACCGUUUAAGCGCGGUCGUUGGGUCUGUAUGGAUUUUUUAGACCAUUCAAUGAAUCAACAAUCGGGAAAUGGUAAACCCUUAAUGGUCAACGGCGACGGUAAGACGUAUUCUCAAUUGAAUGAUUUAGAAACGCCUGAACAAAAUAUGGACAACGGACAUCACGAGUGUCCCGAGUAUAGAGUCGGCAAUAAUAAUGUCAGUACGUAUACCACCAAUUGUAAUAAUACCGACAAUUACAAGAGUCAAACGUCUACUUACAACAUAGUAUCGUCUGGUGUGACCACUCCUAUUCAUAGUGCUUGCGUGUCGCCAGGUCAAAGUUUGCAAAAUAAUAUACAAGUUUUAACGAGCCAAUCCGUCGUAUCUUCUGUGCAAGUAACUCAACCACAGAGUCUGACACAGGUACAAUUGCCUACACAACACAACACUAAUCAAAGUUGUAUGCAACAUUCCAGCCUACAAUCGCAUCAACUACAGCAAGCAAUAGCCAAUGCUGGAGUUAUGCAGCCGCAGUUGCAACAAGCUCAACCCGCAAUGAGUGUUUUGCAUAGUCAAAAUCAACCAUUGCAUUCACAAACUCUUCAACACAUGAAUUCUGUUGACCAACAUAACGUCUCGCAAACAAUUCCACAACAAUAUCAACAGUCAAUGUCGCAGGCAAAUAUUCAACAACAAAUGAUGCAACAUACUAUGUCUGCGCAAUUCCAAAAAACAUAUGUACCGCAAAAUCAAUCAGUCCUGCCAAACUGUGCACAACUGCAACAGUCGGUAAAUCAAAUUAUUAACCAACAAGUUUCUCAAUAUUAUAAUCCUGCAGCAGUUCAGUCGCAAAAUGUGACAUCCGAACCUUCGUCCGUUUCUAUGUCCAAUCAACAUAUUCCACAGCAGCAGUUUCAAUCAAUACCUAUUCAAAACCAAUCGUUACAAAACCAUGUUCAGUUACAACAAAACCAACAACAGCUUCCCCCUGUUCAACAGAUACAACAGCAGCAACCUAGUUCGCAACAAACGAUGGUUCAACAAAAUCAAAUGCCCCCUCAAAUAGUUCAACAAAAUCAACAGCUGCCUCAUCAACCAUCUAUCGCUCAGCCUAGUCAACCACAACAAUCUCAGCCUGUUCCACAACAAGUAUCACAGCAGCAUAUCCAACAAUCACAACCAUCACCUCAAACACAACAAACCCAUGUUCAACAGGUACCUUCAUCACAACAACAGCAACAACAACAACAAGGACCUCAACAAAUUCAACAAGUCGGCCAACAAAUCCAAGGCCCGCAACCUUCUCAAAUUCAACAGCAAUUACCUCAACAAGCACAUCAUAUGACUCAGAUUCCUCAAAUGACUAACCAACCGCAAUCAAUGGCCCAAACAACUCAAAUGCAACAAAUACCUCAACAAAAUCAACAGAUCACACAGCAGCCUCAACAAAUGUCCAUACAGGCUCAACAAAUUACUCAGCAAACUCAAUUACAACAUACAAAGCAAAUGCAGCAAACUCAGUUACAAUCGCAACCUCAACAAAUAAAUCAACAACAAAUUCCUCAACAACAGCAAAUUAGUCAAAAUCAAAUUAUCCAUCAAAGUAACCAACAAAUAUCACAUCCAGGACAAAUGAUGCCUCAGAGUCAACAAUUAAACCAACAAAAUCAACAAGUUCAACAGCAGCAGCAGCAGCCCCCACAGCAGCAAAUCCAACAAUUAACACAGACCAGCCAAUCCGGUCAAUCGUUAACACAGCAAAUUUUGCAGUCGAAUCAAAGUAUUCCCCAACAAAAUCAAGUUUUAACUCAACCACAACAGCUGGGAAUGACACAAUCGAAUCCGACCAUGGUAUCGCAAUCUCAAAACCAACAAGUCAUACAACCUCAACACCUGCAACAGCCCGGCCAGCAAUAUCAGCAGCCUCAACAAAUGAUGCAGCCGCAAGGACAACAAAUACCAUUGCAGACCAAUCAAUCGAUCAUGCACCAACCGACUUACUCGCAAGCGCAGAGUUUAAAUGCUAUGCAACUUCAACAAGCCGUAAUGCAAAUUCCUUCUAACUCUGUUUCUUCUAGCCAAAUGCACAUACAGCAACAACAGCCGGUCGUACAGUCCAACAUGUUACAACAGCCGCAAAUGUCGGUCAUGUCGCAAAACAAUAUGCAAACGCCUGUGCCCAUGUCUCAACAACAAAUGACAUACUCAUUACAGCAGCACGUGCCCAUCAACCAAAACUACGUCGAUAGUAUUCAACAUUGUUACAUUCCUUCACAGCAACAGAUGUCCUCCUAUAAGCCUUUAAUGGCGGCAGUGGAAAUCGUAAACCAACAGCAGGAAGACAGUAGCAACAACGAAGACGUCGACAGUGUGUCAAACAACGCUGCGACCACGGUGGCCAUUGAUAAUAAAAUCGAACAGGCGAUGGAUUUGGUCAAAAGCCAUCUGAUGUACGCCGUUCGCGAGGAAGUAGAAGUUCUCAAGGAGAAAAUAGCCGAGCUGAUGGAUAAAGUCGGCCUGCUGGAAACUGAAAACUCCAACCUGAGGAUGUUGGUUCCACCAGACAUGUUGGACCAGUACAACCGUGAAAAACAAAAAACAGUAAACGGUCAGUCGAAUCACAAUCAAUAAACUAGUUUAAACCGUUGGUAAUUAAAAAGGUAAAAAAAAAAAUGAUUUUACCAAAUCAUUAGGCCAAAUAUUGUAUAAACAGGUAUAUUAAUUGUAUAGAACGUUAACUUUUUAAGUUUAAAUUGUACAGUGUAAUAUGUUUUUAAAGACUUUAAAAUAACUAUGUGGUCGAGGAAUAGCUAAUCAUAUCCUAGCUAUUUAUCUUUAUUUUUAAUGAACUAUAUAAUAAUUAAAAAGUAGUGAAAUGUCCUCGAAAUCGGGAAUAUUUCUAUCAAAAAUGUUAUUUACCUAUAUAAUUUUUUUUGUUUUUCCUAUUACGUAAUAUCUUAAUAAAAAAAAAUUAAAAUGUAUAUUGUUAGAAGACUGUUUAUAAUAUAGAUUUAAAAAAAAAUAAUACAAAAUUCAGUUCAGGAUAUUAUACAGAGUUUGUGACUAUUUGUAUACGAGG